AUGUUUUCCCGUGUGGGACGUCUCACCACUUUCGGUGCCCAAGCGGUAUCGAAUUGUCCGCUUCGCAGAGAUAAUAUUUAUCAGCAGCCGUUGAAGAUCACCGCACCGAUCAACGAUCAAUUGGUCAACUUUGCACACAAUUUUUCCGAUUCAGUUAGACAGAGAACCACCAGUUUCGGCAAUGAUCCAUUCCUCGGCGUCCCAAUGGACGACGAAGAAGUCAUAAAAGAGCUGGAACUCCUCGACCUCGACUCAUGGCAUACGAAGCCGCGUGCACCGUGCGCCGCGCCUUCAGACGAACUCGAACUCGAUCAAUUUUGGGAGGGGAAGAAUAUCACGCUGGAAGCAUGGCGACCCACCGACACGUGGCAGAAUCAAGGACAUCACGGACAACAACCACAUCAGACACAGAAUCAACAGAUACCACAAGGACAUGUCGGACACUCGAGUACCACUGAAUUGAUGCAUGAUUUCUCGAAUUUCGGAGAUAAUAUGGGCUCCCCACUCUUCCGAUCACCGUCAAAAUCAUCGAUCGAUCAGUUCGCAGCUCCAUCAUCUCGAACAGAUGAGUUCGGCAUGCCACCACAGCAUGAGAGAAAAGUGUCGAAAUUCGAGUUGGACGUCGAGCAUGAGUCGAAAACUGUCGAUUGGGAGGCUUGGAAUCACUAUUUGGAGAGUGACGACGACGUCUUCAAACGUCCAGAAGCAUUUUUCAAGGAGGAACCCAUGAUGACGUCUUCUAACUCGAUGACGUCGAAUUCUUCUCCAGAUUCUGGAAUCGGACUCUUUGUCGAUACUCACCAACAUCCAGUCUAUAACUUCAAUCUGUCGACGUCUUCAUCUUCUGCGAAUCUCUUCAGAAUGGUGACGCCUUCAGUUCAACCUUCCCACAUUCAGAAUCCACAGAAUCCACCGCGGAUUCAGAAUUCCGACGCCGAUCUCUUCUCAUCUGGACCACUUCUAUGUAUUCCGAAACAAGAAGAUAUCUUCGACGACUACAUUCAAAAAGAAGACGACGAUGACGACUACAUCCCAGCGUCUGAAAUGCGACGAGCCAGCUCACGUCUUCAACGAAAAUCCACGACGCCUUCAUAUCUUCGUCGUCGUGAUUCGGAACGUUCGUGGACGCCGGCUUCCGAUGAUUAUUAUAUGUCGGAGGAGAAGCAGAAAUUCAAGAAACGUGGAGUCGUUCUGAAGCCGUCGGUCGACGAGGAGACUGAUAGAAGACGUGCGUUGAAUCGAAUCGCUGCAGUCAGAUAUCGUGAGAAGAAGCGAGCCGAAAAGAUGGGAAGAAAGAAGUGA